UAACUACCCAAAAUUUUCAGAAAAAAUCCAACCCUCAUUUACUUUUCCUCUGCUUAUAUUUACAUAUAUAUAUAUGAUCACAAGCACCUUUCUUCUUCAUCUCCAUUUACCUAGUUUCACACACUGAAGGUGGACAAAAUGGCAUACAUUCACAUUUCAUGGGUCCUAAUUGCGACUACUCAGAUCUUGUUGUCGGUAAUUACCCAAGUUGGGGCAAAAAUUCCAGCAAUAAUUGUGUUUGGGGACUCAUCAGUAGAUGCUGGAAAUAACAACCAAAUUCCGACGGUUGCCAGAAGCAAUUUCCAGCCUUAUGGCCGUGAUUUCUCCGGCGGAAAGGCUACCGGGAGGUUCUCCAAUGGCCGAAUUCCGACGGACUUCAUCUCUGAGGCUCUUGGUAUUAAACCAACAAUACCUGCCUACUUGGAUCCUGCUUAUCACAUAUCAGAUUUUGCUACAGGAGUUACUUUUGCUUCUGCUGCCACUGGCUAUGAUAAUGCAACUUCUGAUGUGCUGUCUGUGAUACCACUGUGGAAGCAACUGGAAUACUACAAGGAAUACCAACAGAAACUCAAAGCGUAUCUUGGGGAUCCGGCUGCAAGCGAAAGAAUCAGCGAAUCGUUGUACAUGAUGAGCCUGGGAACGAAUGAUUUCCUAGAGAAUUACUAUGCAAUUCCUGGAAGAUCGUCCCGAUACACAAUCGACCAGUACCAAGAUUUUCUUGUUGGAAUUGCCAGAAAUUUCAUCAAGGAAUUGUACGGACUGGGAGCUAGGAAAAUAUCCCUUGGAGGUCUACCCCCAAUGGGUUGCUUGCCAUUGGAGAGGACAACCAAUUUCAUGGGUGGAAAUGAGUGUUUGGAUAGUUACAACACUGUUGCUUUGCAGUUCAAUGACAAACUGAAGGGCUUGACCAUAGGCCUCAACAAGGAGCUUCCUGGGAUCAGAUUGGUUUUUUCAAAUCCAUAUUAUAUUUUUAUGCAGAUCAUCAGAAGGCCUUCUAUGUAUGGAUUCUCUGCUAGCUCAGUGGCAUGCUGUGCAACAGGAAUGUUCGAGAUGGGGUAUGCAUGUAAUAGAAACAAUAUGUUUACGUGCUCGGAUGCUAACAAAUAUGUGUUUUGGGAUUCAUUCCAUCCUACAGAAAAGACGAACCAUAUCAUCUCAGAUUAUAUGGUCAAAAAAGUUCUCUUUCAGUUUCUUUCAUAAAUAAUUACUCCUAUAUCUACAAAUUUGCCUUUAGUCAGCAUUAUAUAAUAUAUAUAUAUAUAUAUAUGUAUGCUAUAAGGAUGUUAUUGUAGCAUAUACUUUAUUAGUAAAAAAUAGUGUACUAUAUAUUUUUCUUAUCUAUUGAAUAGUAAAGCGUUGUAACCA